AUGAGUGCUCGAGCUCCGGUAGAGAUACCGGGCUAUUAUUAUGAUUCAGAGAAGAAGAAAUAUUUCAAGAUUGAAAAAUCCCAGACUGCGCCCUCUUCCGCCCAGUGGUCGUCUCAGUCUGUCAAGCGGCGCAAGGUUGAAUCCCAAGUGGCUCAAGAAGCAUCCAACAGGGCGCAGCUGGUCAAGAAUCAUAUCAAGCGCAGUGUCUUGAGAAACGACAUUGUCAACUCGGGGCUGUUUGCCCGUGAGACGGGCCACCAGAGGGCCGCUGAGUCUGGACGGGGGCGGGUUGAGGAUGAAGAUGUCGCGGCGGCAAUGUGGGCUCGGGAGCUGACGGACAAGGGCCAGACUGCUUUUACGCCCAGCAUGACUUGGAAUACGUAUCCUCAUAUUCCGUCAUUCUAUGUGAGCGGACAGGAGUGCGGUAUUGAUUCAGCUGUGGUAUAUGCCACUCUUGAUGAGCAGACGUUGAUGGGGAAAUACUUGGACACUGAUGAAAAUGAAAACCUGGUAAAUAUACCAGCUAGUCAGCGGGAUCCAUCGAGGCUGCACCUAGAGAUGGUUCACUGCCCACAGAUGUCUUCCAUCAAAUACCACCAACCAUCCCGCAAGCUUCUCUUCACCUCACGGGAACCCGGCCACGGACUUGCGUUGAUUACAUUCUCUCCUACGGUUGAUAUUGACCACAAGGGUAAACGACACUGGCUUCUUGCCAAUACUGAUAGCUAUUGUAAACUUCUAUUCCAGGCUGCCAGAAAUCCGCAAUGGUAUGUGCAUCAGAGCACACCUGCACCAGCAUCUUCCAACCUCCUCUGCGUUGUGGGCACCAGCAACGGCAUUCUGCGCGUUCGUUCCGAUGAAAGCAUUGGUUGGCUCACUACCAAUGACGUUCCGCCCAGCAUCGACCCGACGACAAAGGAGAUUUUCUCCCAAGACUUUCAAAUCGGCAAUCACAACGUGCUGUUUGCAGGCGGCCGACAGCCUCAGCUCUGGAUUUCGGACCUCAGAGCACCGGCGGCCGGAUGGGGCCACAUUAAGCACAGCUCGUCCAUUGCCCACGUCCGCAGCAUCAACCCAUACCAAGUGAUUGUUGCAGGCCUGCAGAACCAAAUGUCAAUCUAUGACACGCGCUUCUUCCAAUCCGAUAAGACUAAUCCUCAUGGCCGGACCAUUUCCUCUCCACUACUUGACUUUCCUGACUAUCGCAACGAAGCGAGGUAUCAUAUUGGCUGGGAUGUCUCUUCGGAGCUCAACCUCGUGGCUUCGGCACAAGAUGACGGCACAGUCAAGCUCUUCUCCCUCAAAUCGGGCCGUAUUCUGCGUUCUGGAAGCGCUUUGGAGAAGCUUCGGGCCGAGAACCCCGUAAAGGCAAUGAUGUUUCAGACGCUGCCUGGGGAGAAGAUGCCGAGCUUGUAUGUGGCUAGGGGGCCUCUGAAGAAGUUUGGAUGCGCGCCAAUUGGCGCCUUUGAUGAGUAA